UCGCUCCCAGCUCGGGCAUCACCACCUUGCAAAGCAUCUGUUUGAUUCCAUGCCGGAGCGGGACCGGCUUUCCUGGUACGCGCUCCUGGCCAUGUCCAACACAGAUUCCCGAGAAGGACGUGAUCUCGUGGAACGCGAUGAUCACGGGCUAUGCAAACUCCGGCUUCACGCAUGAGGCAGCCAGGGCUUUUCACUCGAUGGAGCGAAGAGAUUCGACGUCGUGGAGCGCUCUAAUCUCUGCGCUGGCACAGAAUGGCGAGCUCGACGAUGGAGAUAUCGCCUUCCAUCGCAUGCCGCAGUGGAAUCUCGCGGCAUGGAACAACCUUCUCUCCGCGCGAGCCGAGCAGGGAAAGAUUGUCGAGGGGGAGCGGAUGUUCUCUCGAGCUCCAGCUGCGAAUCUUCUCUCGUGGACGGCGAUGGUGGCGGGAUUCGGACACAAUGGUCGAGUGGAAAUGGCUCGAACAGCGUUUGAGAGGAUGCCCGAGUGGGAUAUCGUGUCAUGGAAUGCGGUGGUCUCGGCGUUCGUCCAGUGUGGCUGUCUCGAAGAAGCUAUCGAGACGUUUUGGAGGAUGCCCGCGCGAGAUCUCAAGUCGUGGAACACGAUGAUCCGAAUUCUCUGUGAAGCAGGAGACCUCGUCCAGGCCGAGAGGAUCUUCGAUGGAAUGGCGCUGCGAAACGUUGUGUCCUGGACGACGCUACUCACGGGACAAGCUCAGAGAGGCCACACGAAGGAAGCGCGAGAGAGAUUCGCGAGAAUGCCGCAGCACAGCUUUGUCACCUGGAACUCCAUGCUCGUCAAUUACUCGAGCUCCAACCAGAUCGAUCUCGCCGAAGAGGUGUUUUGCUCGAUGCCAAAGCACGACACCGUCUCGUGGAACACCAUGAUCGCGGGAUACUCGAGCAGCGACCGCAUGGAUCGAACUCUGUCUUUGCUCGAUCUCAUCCCACACCAGAGUUCUCGAUCGUGGAACACCGUGCUCAAUGGAUACGUCACAAACGCCCAUAUCCGAGAGGCUGGAAUAUGGUGAGCGUAUAUGCCCAGAAUGGGUAUCUUGAGGAAGCCAGAAAGAUGUUUAUAAACAUGACCAAGUGUAACGUUUCAAUGGAUUCUCCCUCGAGCACGUCGAGAAAGCCUGUAACUCUUUGCUCGCAGCACUCGCCCACAACGGCCAUGCAAAGCUUGCCACCACGUUCUUUCACGAGAUGAACUUGGAAGGAGCAAAGGACGAAGUCUCGUUCGCGAUUGUUCUCGCCGCUUGCACCUAUUAUAUUUAUAAAUACCUAUGGAUUUAUAUAUUUAAGAUA